AAUAUGGUGGGGCUGGGGGAACCAAAGGGGAUAGGUGGAUGAAUAAGGAAAGCUUGCUCUGAUUAGUCUAUGCUUGCUUCCACUUUUUCUCAGUUUCUCUGCCCUUGUUGCUACCUCUCUUUUGGUGCUUUCUCUCAACUCUUUAAUUUCUUCCCAUUUCUGUGCCUUAUUCUCUCCUCACUGGUCAACAGGUUUCUGGGAUUUUGCUAAUUUGGUGCAAAUCUGAUUCCCUUUGCUUUCACAACAAACCCUCCUCAAGGCUCAUUCAUAACUUUUUUCACCUGUUAAGAAUCAAUUAAUCAUAUGUUAUAUAUAUUUUUUCACACAUAACAAAAUUUUUCUGGGCUUCUAAUCUUGCUUGGAGGGCCAAUUUUGGUGAAAACCUCUCAUACAAGAAAGCAUAGUUUUUUGGGUUCAUUCUACUUGCUUAGAGAUGGUGAGAGGAAAGACUCAGAUGAGGCGCAUAGAGAACGCCACAAGCAGGCAAGUCACUUUUUCAAAACGCCGUAAUGGUUUGUUGAAGAAGGCCUUUGAACUUUCAGUCCUUUGUGAUGCUGAAGUUGCUCUCAUCAUUUUCUCUCCAAGAGGAAAGCUUUAUGAAUUUGCAAGCACCAGCAUGCAGGAGACAAUUGAACGCUACCGCAGGCAUAACAGGAGUGCUCAAACAGUGAACAGAUCAGAUGAACAAAAUAUGCAGCAUUUGAAGCAAGAAACAGCAAACUUGAUGAAGAAGAUUGAGCUUCUUGAAGCUUCAAAACGGAAACUCUUGGGAGAGGGUUUGGGGUCAUGCUCCUUAGAAGAACUUCAACAGAUAGAACAACAGUUGGAAAAUAGUGUAAACAAUGUUCGUGCAAGAAAGAAUCAGGUAUACAAGGAACAAAUUGAGCAACUAAAAGUAAAGGAAAAAGCCCUAUAUGCUGAAAAUGCCAGGCUGUGUGAGCAGUUAGGUAUCCAACCACAAGCAGAAGCAGAAGCAGCAACAAGGGAUCCCAAAGAAAAUCAACCCUAUGCAGAAAGCAGUCCAAGUUCAGAAGUGGAGACUGAAUUGUUCAUUGGACUACCAAGGUCUAGUUGAACAGAAUUUAAUCCUUGCCUAUGCAAGCAUGAAAUAAGGAGAAGCCAAACUGUCUCUAGCUAAUUAAUGUAUAAUAUCGUCAUGUUUCCUAUAAUACUGAGAUGAACACUAGGAAUCUUAUAUUAUAUAUAAAGAACUUUCAAAUUUUAUCAUUA